CGCUGGGGCCGUGCCAGGCCCUGGGACCUGUUGGUGGCAGGAGGGGACGUCCUGCACCAGAGCACUGGGCUUUGCUGGGCCGGCGGCGCGGCUUUAUCUCUCCCUGAGCGUUGGCAGAAAGCACAGUGCAGGUCCAAGUCCUGGAGGACUUUGCCGCACCACCGCCCUCGGCUCGAAGCGUUCCCGCGCCAGGCGAGCGGGAUCCAAAGGCCGCGCUGCCAGCAGCUCUGCGGAAGGGAAUCGGGGCCGGGAAGUGUCGGGAGAGAAACUUCAGCCGCCCGCGAGCGUGGCAGAGCCGGGGUCUGACUCACGGGGACGGCAGCAGCGGAGCUGCGGGGCUGGAGGUGCCGGACCGGUUGUGUGGACACCGGUGAGACCGUGAGCGCCCGCAGUCAGCGGGUCCUGGGCACCGCGCAAAGAUGACCACCUCGGCCCUGCGCCGGCAGGUGAAGAACAUCGUGCAUAACUACUCAGAGGCGGAGAUCAAGGUGCGAGAGGCCACCUCCAAUGACCCCUGGGGGCCCCCCAGCUCCCUGAUGUCGGAGAUCGCGGACCUCACCUUCAACACGGUGGCCUUUGCUGAGGUCAUGGGUAUGAUCUGGCGACGGCUGAACGACAGCGGCAAGAACUGGCGCCACGUGUACAAAGCCCUCACCCUGCUGGACUACCUCAUCAAAACCGGCUCCGAGAAGGUGACCCACCAGUGCCGGGAGAACCUUUACACCAUCCAGACGCUGAAGGACUUCCAGUACGUGGACCGUGACGGCAAGGACCAGGGCAUCAACAUCCGGGAGAAGGUGAAGCAGGUGAUGGCGCUGCUGAAGGACGAGGAGCGGCUGAAGCAGGAGCGGGCGCACGCGCUGCAGACAAAGGAGCGCAUGGCCCUCGAGGGCAUGGGCAGCGGCAGCCACCAGUCCACCUACGGCCGCCGUGCAUCGCCCUAUGGGGACGACUACGGCCGGACACGGGGCUCACCCUCCUCCUUCAACUCAUCUUCCUCGUCCCCCCGGUUUGCCUCCGACCUGGAGCAAGCACGUCCCCAGACGACGGGUGAGGAGGAGCUGCAGCUGCAGCUUGCCCUGGCCAUGAGUCGGGAGGAGGCUGAGAAGAAGCCACUUCCUCCAAUUUCCAGUACAGAUGAAGAAAGGCAAUUGCAGCUAGCGCUCGCGCUGAGCAAAGAGGAGCAUGAGAAGGAGGUGAGGGCGUGGCAAGGGGAGAACUCCCUGCUGCAGAGAGCCUUGGAGGAGACUGCCCAAGGUGGGGAGGAAGAGGAGGAAGAGGAUAAGAUGAAGAAAAGCCAGUCCUCUAUCCUGGAGCUGGCAGAUAUAUUUGGGCCGGCACCAGCCCCUUCCAGCCACACAUCUGCUGACCCAUGGGAUAUGCCAGAUAUGAAACCCAAAGCGGAGCCAGCAGCCUGGACUGGCACAGCAGACCCCUGGGUGCCAGUGCUAGCCAGCAGCGGGGAGCCCGUGCCCCAGGCGAGCGCCACAUCCCAGCAAACCGCUGCUGGGCCCUGGGAUUUCCCCCCCACCUCUGCUGAUCCAUGGGGGAAAGCACCCGCCUCGUCUGGCUUCUCCCCUGCAGACCCUUGGACAACCACGUCCCCACCGGCCCAGGGCUCCGGCGCUACGCCGGCCGCUGACCCUUGGGCUGCUGUGGCUGAGCCUAACCCUGCUUCAGGGGGGGAUGCUUUCGACCUGUUUGCAAAACAACCCGAGGCAGCUGAGCAGCCGGAGCCGGAGCGUUCACAGCCGCCCUCCUCGGCGAAGUCCAGCAGCCCCGCCGAGCUGGACCCCUUCGGCGACCUGUUCCCCGGCCCCAAGCAGGACGCGGCGAAGAGCUUUGACCUCGCUAACCUGGCGGACUCGCUGCCCGAAUCCUGCAAGGAGCGGAAGGACUGUAAAACCCCCGAGGCCUUCCUCGGCCCCGCCGCCUCCUCGCUGGUCAACCUGGACUCGCUGGUGGCACCGCCGCAGGCCGCCAAGACGCGCAACCCCUUCCUCUCGGGCCUGAGCACGCCGUCCCCCACCAACCCCUUCAGCCUGGCCGAGCAGCCCAAGCCCACGCUCAACCAGAUGCGGACCGGCUCCCCGGUGCCCGGCCUGCCCGCCAACGCCAUGACGUACAGCACCUCGCUGCCGCUGCCGCUCAGCAGCGUCCCCGCCGCCCUGCCCGCCUCCGCCAGUGCCUUCCCGCAGGCGGGGGCCGGGCCGUUCCCCGAGCUGCCCGGCGCUUUGCCGCAGCCUCUGCUGCCGCUGAGCGGCCCCCCGGCCCCCCCGGCCUCGCAGGGCGGGCUCAACCCUUUCCUCUGAGCGCUGCGGGCCGGCAGCACGCGCAGCUCUCGCCCCUUCCCGGCCGUUCUCCCGGCGCUCCCUUCCCCGCGCACGCCGCCGGGGACGCCGGCACGAGCCGGGGCCGUGCCCCGAGGGACCGCGGGCCGCGGCUUCGGGACCGCCCGCUCUGAGCACGGCGCCUCAGUACGGGGCUGGGGCGGACGGAGAGCUGCCUCCCGUUCGCUCCUCUUCCCUGGAAACGCUCUGUUCCCCCCUAACGCGCUGCCCUCGCCCGGGGGCUCCCGCCUGGAUCGCGCUCUCCCCGCUCUGGAUGUUUCUCCGCUUGGGCACCGCGUCCCCGCUCUCCAGCCCGGGUUGGCCCCGGCUGCGUCCCCGUCACGGACCCCCGCGCCCCCGGACCCCGUGCAGAGCCCGGGCCGGGCCCUCAGCCCCACGGGGAGCAGCGCCCGGUGCCGGAGGCAGCGCGGCUCGGGGUGGGGGGGGGGCUCGGGGGGAGGCGGGCGUGACGUUAGCGCUUCAGCGCCUGCACCCGGCUGCACUGCUCCGCGCGGCGGCGCCGCUCCGGGCCCGGAGCCGCGGCGGCCGUACCGGCACCGGGAACCGUGAACUGACCGCAACAAUAAAGUACUGGAACGGAA